AUGUCUCAGGGGCAAUAUGCUGAGAUCGAACUUGGUAAAGAGAGCACAAACAAUCUCAGAAUUAAUCUGAACGAACACGUCAUCAUGUAUGUUUAUUUUUAA